AUGACUGAUAAUCAAAUAUAUGCUACCUACAGUGCUAGUGAGAUCUUAAAAGAUUUGAAUUAUACAGAUAACUCAAAGAUGUUUAAAAUCGCGCCCUCUGGGAGAAAGGUGGCUUUAAAGAAGAUCAUUUCAAAUCUGAAUCUUGGUAAAUAUGCAGAAAUGCUGCAAUUUUCGAGUGACGUGAUAAAUAUAUUGGCUACAGAUGAUGACAUUACUACAAAAUAUAUGUGUUGUGAAUAUUUGUUGAUUUUGGGUCCGGUGAGACCAUCUUUAGUGAAUGAAGCUCUACCCUACUUGGCAGAUAACCUGCAAAAUAGUCGCAGUGAUUUGGAGUGGAAAGUGAUGGUCUUUAAUACUUUAGUUACUAUUGGUACUGAAGACUCCAUUUUUGAAGCAUUUAAAUAUGCUUUAUCGUUACUGAAUGCAAAAUCCUCUUCUAUUAAACUCCGAAGAGCAGUUAUUAAAGCACUCCCAAGAAUUCUUCCAGAGGAUUCCUCCAAGCAGACCAUAACAAUUAAUAAGCUUCAUCACAUUAUAGAAUCCUUGGAUGAAAAUCCAAGCAUAAUUCUGGCUUCACUUCGAUCGCUAAUUCGAAUUUACAGACAAAGUGAGAACUUGCAUCUAAAGAUAUCUCGACGUGCAUGUAACAACAUAAUUGCGGUAAUUCCAAGGCUGGGAGAGAAAGAUAUGGCAUACAUGGUUGAUGGUCUAUACCUCAGUUAUACAGUUGAUUCUGAGGAAGAGGUAAAUGAGGUUCUGAAAAGAGCCUCUGCAUAUCUAGAUCACCCUGAUAAUGCCGUUGUAUUGAGCUUUUUGCAACUGAUAACUUACUACAGUAAGUAUUGUGAGAACUGUGACCCAUCCAUAACAUCGAAGGUAAGUUCAGCAAUAACAGCUUUGAUGGAAAAAGCAACUGAGAAAAGAUUCCACAUCAUGAGCAACAUAGUACUCCCGCUUUCGCAAAGGAAGACUACCUUUGUUAAAAUGGAUAUAAAGCCUUUCUUUAUAAAUCCUAGCGAUUUAACCGGUAUCAAGGAAGUGAAAUUGGCCCUACUACAUCAGUUAACGGAUGAAAGUACAAUGGAUAAGGUAUUGGUAGCCUUAAAGAAUUAUGCAAUUGACCUGGAUAUGCCGAUGGCAGGAAGAGCAAUUCAUUCUAUAGGUCAAUUAGCAACAAACUUCUUAUUCGCUCUCGAACCGUCCGUUAAAAUUCUGAUGGAAUUGCUGCAAACUGAGGUAGAAUACGUCAUUCAGGGUGUCAUUGUAGCAAUGCGGGAUAUCAUCCGAAAAUAUCCACAGAAGGCAGUCACUAUCGUGCCAAUUCUGAUAAAAUACUUUGCAAAUGCUACAGAAUCAGAGUCGAUAUGUGCUGUUUUAUGGAUAACAGCGGCAUAUCCUGAGAAGGUGCCGAAUUCCUUGGCGAUAUUAAAUGAAAUCGCUUAUUCUUACAAACAGCAAACAUUAAAAGUGCACUAUAUGCUUUUAGAAUCUGCAGUAAAGUUCUACGUUAAAAAUACAACCAAGGAAACAGAACUUUUAUGCCUCCAUGUUUUAAAACUCACAAUCGAUGGAUCACCAAAUCCGGACCUACGGGAUAGGGGAUUCUUCUACUGGAAUUUACUGGCAGCUGCUCACCAGGGAGACGAGAGUUUGAUUUCGAAGGGAGAACUCAAUGAACUUAUCGAUCCCGAAUUACCAGAGGUAAUUGUUAAAUAG